AUGGUUGUGCAUCCACUUAAGGAAGACUUAAUCAUAGCGGCUCUUUUGAUAAAACAAUCAAUUUUUGAUUAGAUCGAUUUUCUCCAGCUUCGCGUUCUUAAUGGUAGUGUAUGUAAACCAUUAAUUAACAUUAAGAGAUGAUUUAUGGAUUAUCUAUAAACAAUGAGGAAAAUACUUUAAUUUCUUGUGGUAAAGAUAAUUAAAUAUUAAUAAUGCAAGGAUCAAGAUAAAUGGAAUGGCAAAUAAAAUAGAAGAUUAUAUUAGAUGGGGAAGGAUAUAGAAUAGUUUUUAUUACUAAUGGACUUUUUGCAUUUUAAUCAAGAAUACCGAGAAAUCGUCUUUUCUUAUACUAGCUUGAUGAAAAUACAUAAGUGUUCAACAAAUUAUAAGAUAUUAUUGUAGAGGGUCUUGUUUAUAUAUAUAAUAAACAAAUUCUUAUAUCUAAAAAAGGAUAGAAGGUUAAUUUUCUAACCAAAUGGCUGGCUAUUUGGUACUGUUAUGCAAAAUUGGAAGUAUUUGAUAACCUGGGAUCAAAUUCUAAGAACAUUUAAAUACGAUCAUAUUAAGAAACGAUAAUUAAAUAAGAAUAAACUGAAUAUAUUUUGUAUAUAUUUUAGAAACUAUUAAAAAUCUUAUUGUAAUCAAAAUAGAACUGUGAAGUGGGGAAUCAAUUAACAGUAUUAGAGUUGUAACAGUUAAUAUAAUAGAAAAGUGAUCCGUUUUGA